AUGAAUGUAUCUUCCACCUCCGAUAUUGAAAUAACCUUCUGGUGCACUUGGGCCUUGACUAUCACUCAUGAGGCAUGUGAAUAUACUGAACAGAAAUUCAUUGCUGAGAAAACAGGAGGAGACCCAGUCAUACCUUCUCCUAAGCUAGACACCGAUCUGGUGAUGGCUUGUGAUCAAUUGGUGGAUUGCCUCAUAAAGGCAUAUAACAAUCCCAUUCGGAUGCAGAUUGAUAUUGUAAGAUACAGCAAAAUGAUCUCCCCGAAGGACACUGGACAUAAUGAAGAAAGAGAGGCAAAGUUGCUUGAGAGGUGUCCUCCUGGCCAUGAAGGUACAAAGUUGGUUGACAUACCCGCCACAGUUCUCGAUGCUACUGGUGCCAUCAUUGCGUGGUACCUACCGGAUGCCCUGACGGAAACCACCCAGAAGGAAAUUCUGGCAGCCUCCGAGUUGCUCAGUCCGAGCCUUGCAAAAAGUGUAAAGGUUGAUGGGAGUUGGCGAACUAAUCAGGAUUGGUUCAAACCAAGCUCGGAAAAUGAUGGCAUAUCUCCUGGAUGCAUCAAUCUAUCUCUGGCUUGGUUUCAACAGAGGCACGAGAAUCUGUCGGACCUGGCGGUAUCUGCCUCAUUGAAGGGACCAUUCUCCAAGAAUAUUCUCAAAGCCAUUGCCAGGCCGGCAGCCAUCGCAUCAGCCGCACUCAGGGUGAUGCAUCCUGAGCAGUACUGGGCAGGGAUACAAGCCUUUUUAAGCCUCGGACAAUCAGCUGAAAGGAAGAAUCUUCCGAGGAUGUCAGAGACCCUCCAGUACUGGGCAUCUGUGUUUAACACCCUCACUGUCAUUUCCAAUUGGCAAACCCCCAAUCAUCGAGAUCACAUAUCCAUUCCUGAAUGCUUUGAUAUUCUCACCACCAUGGGUAAUUAUUUGAAUGCUCACAUGAACCUCCAUUCCAUGGCAAUGAGUAUUUGCGAUAGGGUCGGACGCAUCAAGGUUCUUGAGGAUCUUGUUGCCAAGCAGGGCAGACAUAUCAAUACCCUCAGCAGGCUCCAUGAGAGCCUUCGAUGCAAAACCAUGGAACACCAUCCCUUAUUUCCCCUUCCCACUACUCCGGCAAUUGCAAUGUCUUUGUUGCUUGAUCAAUCCAUCACUGGAACAAUGUCACCCUCCCAAUCCACACUCCCUCCUCUCAUCAAUCUUUCAAUCGCAGUGAUGGAGCCCACACCCUCGAAAAUUGAGGAUCCCUCUGCCAUCGACAGUCUCACAUUUGAGCCGAGCCAAGUUCAACCAGCCCCAGACCCAUCACCUACUCCCCCAACUGCCAGAGACAUUUUGGUGCUGGAUGAUCCACACAACCUUGUCCCGGAAUACGAUUCUGCUGAUGACAUGGAUGUUGAGGUCAAGGUUGAAGUUGAAGGUGGUGAUGAGGGUCAUCUGGGCAAGGUUGAAAUGUCUACAUAA